AGCGAGAAUCUCAAUUCAUCGCGAGACGGUACCGGUCUGGUGAGGGAAACAUUCAUAUUUCUGGUAACAUUAAACAGGAGCUUGUUAACAAGUGACCUGGGGAAACCAUUGUUAUAAAACAUUUGGCUAAGAGUCCUUAGAUUCUUCUCUCGAAGGGAUGAGCGGGAGAGCUUAGUGAUUCUAUCUCCAUGGCAGUCACUGUAUUGAUCUUCUGGUGUAUGGGAUGGCCAGAGAAAUAAUUAAUAAACCUUCCAGUAUGCUGUUCUUUACGGUACCAGUCGAUAAGGAGGGCACCGUCAGGUUGCCUGAACAACCGACAAUCCAAAAAGGGAACUGAACAGUUAGACUCAGUCUCAACAGUGAAUUGAAGACGCACAUUAUAUGCAUUGAACACAUCAAGAAUAGUGGUGACACCAUCAGAAGGGACAGCACAAACAAUGUCGUCAACAUAUUUGUAUAUAAAGGGAGGACUGAAGGGUAGCCCAGACAAGGCUUUAGUGACCAGAUCAUCCAUGACAACCUGUGCCAAAAUGGGACUUAGGGAGCUGCCCAUGGGAGUACCGAACACCUUUUAUCAAUUUUACUUAAAAACACAAAUAAAACAAAAUAAAUAAUAAACAAAAAUGAUUUAACAGAAAAACAACUUAACCCUUUCUUUACCAGUGACGUGUAUAUACGGCAAAGCAUAACUUGUCUCUCAGUCCCACUGCCGUAUAUAUACGUUCACCGAUGAAAUGUCUCUAAACCCUCCGCCUGAUAAAUAUGACACUUAUUUCUUUUUUUGCAUGCUUCUUGACCCACCGUCACAUUUAUACGACAGUCUAAUUGUGUCUAAAGGCCCAGUGUCGUAUUAACACGUUUAUAAAUACGUGGUAUUGGAACCACUGCCGCAUAUAUACCGAAAAAUCCCGAAACAUCGCAAAGCCUCUAAACGAUUGGUUUUAGCAAAACGCUGUUCAGUCGCAGUUAUUUCCGUUACGAACAACUAGUACGACGUGAGACACGUUGCAAAAGUACAAGUAAAAUGGCGUCAAGUCAUCAAGGUCCGCCGCGAAAAAGAAAACGUGUUAAGAGUAAUGUUGGUGUAUGCGGCCUCACGGAUGAUGAUAUAAAUAAUAUUUUGGAUAGUUUAGAUUCCGAUGAAGAUCCUUACGUUGAUAGUGGAAGUGAGUAUCAACCUGAAUCAACAGAUAGUGAGGCAAGUGGUGAAGAUGAUGAGAAUGACGAUUUUUUGUGCCCCGAAAAUGAAAGUCUUAGUGAAACAGAGAAUAAAAUAAAUGAGAAGGCGAGCAAUAAAAAAAACGAAAGUGAAGCAAUGAAAAAGGUAAGAAAUGCUUUGGAUGAGAAUUUUUCUAUAGAGUGGAGAAAGCGCCAAUUUAUGCCUGUAAUACAUAACUUUGGUGGCGCAGACUCUGGUGCACGAUUAGAAAACAUGGAAAAUCCUUUAAAAGAAAUGAAUUAUUUUCUUUUAUUUAUGAAUGACGAGGUAGUGGAAAUUAUUAUAAGCGAAACCAAUAAAUAUGCUUCAGAACAGACUUGUAAUAAAAAAAUCAUUUGGAUCCCAAUUACUAAAGAAGAUUUUUUCAAUUUUAUUGCCGUACUCCUACUUGCUGCUCGCCAUAGAAAAAAUAAACUUGUGGAAAAUUGGUCGACCGAUGAAUUACUUCACACUCCGAUAUUUGGGAAAGUGAUGUCAAGAAACCGCUUUCAAAUGAUAUUGCGUAUGUUACAUUUCGCAGAUAAUGCUGAACAAAUUCAAGGUGACUCUUUCCAUAAGUUACGACGAGUUUUCGAAAAAAUUAAAACUUCAUUUGCCCAUAACUUUUCGCCGUUCCAGAACUUAGUAAUUGACGAGAGCUUAGUACUUUUCAAAGGGAGGCUGCUCUUCAAACAAUUUAUAAAAACAAAACGCCAUCGUUUUGGCAUAAAACUAUUUCUGUUGUGCGAUUGUGAGACAGGAUAUGUUCUAAAUUUUAUCGUAUAUACAGGCAAGCAAACAGAAAUAGAGCUAUAUCAAGAUCUGGGAGUGUCAGGAUCAGUUGUAACAACACUAAUACAACCUUAUUUGGAUAAAGGGCACUCUCUUUUUACAGAUAAUUGGUAUACCUCGCCAACACUUUCUACCUACUUAUUUCAGCACAAAACGAACACAUGCGGUACAGUUAGGACAAAUAGAAAGCAAAUGCCAAAUUUAUCAGGUAAUUUGAAGAAGGGUGAGACAACAUCGAUGGCCAGUGACAAUAUUCUAGCAGUCAGAUGGAAAGAUCGCCGGGAAGUUAACAUGCUGACAACUUUUCACAAAGACCAAAUGAUACAGUUGAAUAAGAAAGACCGGAACACAGGAGAAUUUGUGAAAAAACCCGAAUGUGUAGUCCACUACAACCAAAAUAUGGGAGCAGUUGACAGGACUGAUAUGAUGCUCAGUUCUACAGAAUGCGUUAGAAAAACCUUGAAGUGGUACAAGAAGUUGUUCUUCCACAUUCUCGAUUUAUGUGUUUUGAAUAGUCAUGCACUAUUCCUAACCCAACAUCCAGAGAAGUUGGCACUAGCAGAUUUUCAAUUGAGCCUUACUCGACAGUUGCUUGAGAGAUACAAUAUACCAAAAACCAUACAAACCAAGUUCACUCCAACAAAUCUUCAGCGCCUUACUGCACGGCAUUUUCCGACUACCGUACCAAAUAAUAAAGUUCGAAGAUGUAUUGUUCGUUCACAAUCUAAAAUUCGCGACAAAAAGAAGAGACGAGAUUCCAGAUAUAUGUGCGGAGAAUGCAACGUGGGAUUGUGUGUUUCUCCCUGUUUUGGUGAAUAUCACACAAAAGAAGUUUACUAAAAAGUUAUAUUUUUAGAAAAUAUGUUCUUAUAUUAUGUAAGCCAUACUAAUAUAAAUUAUUUGCUGUUAAUAAAAUUUCUAAUAAGUUA